AUGCAUCUCUUGGCUCCUCUCAUCGCUCUAUCCUGGCUCGCUGCCGCCGUCGACGGGGCUUGCAGCGGACCCAACGCUCGUGUCACGCCCCCGGCAGGUGCCAUCAUCGUAGACGCUACGGGUGGCCACCCUGGAAGCUUCCGAACCAUUGCGCAAGGCGUCGCUAAGCUUUCCCCCGCGGCCGCGCAGCAGACCGUCUUCGUGUACCCGGGUGUGUACAAGGAGCAAGUGACAGUCCCGCUAUUGAACGGCCCGUUGGUGCUGCAAGGCUACACAUGCGAUACCAAGUCGUAUGCCGCCAACCAGGUGACGAUCACCCAAGCGAAGGCUCAGAAGGACAUUCCCGCCUCCGUCAUCAAGAACCGUAACGACCUGACCACGACACUUCUCCUAAAGUCCAACAACGUGAAGGUUUACAACCUCAACGUGGCCAACACGGCCGGCAACGUCGGCCAGGCUAUUGCUGUAAAGGCCGAUGGAGCAAACUACGGCUUCUACGCGUGCAAGUUCACCGGUUAUCAGGAUACACUUUACGCCAACCAGGGCCCCAGUGUCUACGCCAAGUCGUACAUCAGCGGCGCUGUCGACUUCGUCUUCGGUCUGUACGCCAAGGCGUGGUUUGAGUCGUGCGAUAUCGUGUCCAUCGGCAAGGGCUGCAUCACCGCUAAUGGCCGUGACUCCGCUGCCAACCCGUCCGAGUACGUCUUCAACAACGCGCGCGUGACUGGCACUGGAGGCGUUGGAACGGCUUACCUGGGUCGCCCCUGGAAGCCCUACUCGCGCGCAGUGUGGCAGAACAGCGACCUCAGCAACGUCAUUAACCCUGAAGGCUGGCAGAAGUGGAACGGGGACAACAACGUCGCCAACGUUCACUUCAAGGAGUUCAACAACCGCGGCGCUGGAGCAGCUACGAACCAGCGAGUUCCAUUCAGUGGAAAAUUGACGCAGGCCGUGCCUAUCACGGAGAUUCUAGGCGCGAACUACAAGACCCAGUGGUGGGUCGACACUAGUUUCUUGUAA